GCUAAGCCCUCCUUUCUCCCCAGAAGUGUGGCCGCUUAUAUUUAAACAGACCUUGAUUCUGCACUUCUUUCCUCACCACUACCACCAAUCAACACUAAAGCUAACAAGGAAAAGGGCAAAAAAGCAAUGAGCCUUCUAAGCGGGAAGCUGGAGGCAUGUUUUGCAAUCAGACUCCCAGCGAGUCAACACCACGAAAUCUUCAGUGCUAGGCCUCACCACGUCUCCAACAUGGCUCCUGGUAAGGUCAACAACUGCGCUGUCCACCAAGGCGAUUUGGGCCAAAAGGGCACCAUCAUUGAGUGGGACUAUAUCCAUGAGGGGGAGCAGAAGCUAGCCAAGGAAAUCAUAGAAGAAAUCGAUGACGUGAAUUUUUCGACCACGUUCAAGGUGAUCGAAGGCGAUGUUCUGAAGGAAUACAAGGAGCUGAAGCUGGUGGUUAAGGCAACUCCACAGUCGGAGGACACCACCAGCAUCAUCCACUGGACUGUGGAGUAUGAGAAGCUGAGCGAGGAAACCCCUGAGCCAAUCUCCGUUCUGCACCUUCUGGUUCAUCUCAGCAAAGAUAUCGAUGAUCACCAUGCCAACAAGUGAUCCGAUCGACUCCAAAUUAAAGGGUUAUUUGCCGUGUACCCUUAUUACUACUUUAAUUUGUGGUAACGUAAUGUUAUAUUGCUGAAGAAUCAUUAUGAUGUGUGGUUCUAUAUAUACGUGAUCCUGUGGAUUAUGGUAUGUAUAGUGAAAUUUGAAGGCCUUUGUUCUUUGUCUGCUGUGGCAUGCGGUUGGCCUUGUUGUUGUGCAAUAAAAAAAAAAUGUGUGCAUAGUUCUGG